GUUCAAGCGAAAAUCCAAAACUAACAUUAGGAACGGAAAAGAGGCAAAAGAAGGCAAAAACCCUAAGGAUAUGAAGCCAUCCAGUACGUGUUGAUUUGUCGAUUUGUCUUCAGUGAGACGCCAUUCACCAGCACAGCAAAAUCAGAUUUCGUCUCUCACUGCGCCCACUGUCUUCUCUUCUAAUUGCUGAUGGAUGAAUCCCAAGCCGCCGAUGCUCCUAAUCAAGCGUCUUCCCAACUCUCAAAUACAGCUCCACCUCAACCUCAACCUCAACCUCAACCUCCAGUUCCUAGCCCGUCUUCGAUUCGGCCUCCGACUCCGACUACAGCUACCUCCACUUCUUCUACCUCUAACCGCAUUGCUGAACACUUGAUGCAUAAGAAUCGAUUACAGGAGUACACACAAAGAGCAUCCUUGCCAUUGCCAAUAUAUCAUACUGCUAAUGAAGGGUAUCAACAUGCACCAAAGUUUAGGUCAACUGUGUUGGUGGAUGGAGUACAGUAUACUUCUCCAAACACUUUUUUGCAUCGGAAGGAAGCAGAACAAGAUGUUGCAAGACUUGCAUUUUCAUGCAUAGUCAAGAAGAUAAAGGAUGAAGGAUGCCCCCUCAUUCGUGAGGACACAGUGUUUUGCAAGUCCAUCUUAAAUGAAUUUGCGAGUAAGAUGCAACUGCAAAAGCCUACAUACAACACUACACAGCCACAAGGGUUGCUUCCAAUUUUUGUAUCUUCUUUGGUUUUCAAUGGCGUAACUUAUACUGGUGAGACUGGUAGAACCAAGAAGGAAGCUGAACAAUUGGCAGCACGUGCUGUGAUUCUCUCUCUUAUGGGGAAUUCUGGGACGGGGACAAUUAUUUCUGAAAUAGUAAAGUCUAAAGUCAAAUUAUAUGCUGCAUUGAAUAAACUCAAGAACUCACAACAUGCCCAAGGUGACACUGUACCUGUCUCGAGUGAGGAGAAAGAAGCUGAAGUUGUUACAGUUAGUAAUAAUGCAGCAAGUGUGACUUCACAAGCAGCUUCAGGGAUGAUUCGUCCCCACCAUGGAUUCAUCAUGCCAAAACCAGAGCCGGCACGUGAACCAAUUGAACUCCCAAUUACAUUUGUGCAUCCAGUUUCAGAACAAGCUUUGGAUUCUGGUUCUACUUCAGGAAAAAAACGGAAAAAGAACAAGAAAAAAGCCAACAAGAAAGUUCGAACUGAAUCCCAGUCACCUAUUGCUACAAUGCCUUUGAAUCAAGCCUCACCUUAUCCGGUAGCUUAAUGAAAACCAACUUUUGUUGUUUAUUUUGUUGGCUGUAGCUGAAACUUCUCUCCUUGUGUAUACAUAUUUACUAUGUGCUAAAAUUGACAUGGAAUGUGAUGUGAAGGAUGGAAACCGUGGCAAUGACUGGACAGAAAUGAAAUUGUGACCAUCUAGUUAGUUUUCGUUGUUUUUAAUGUAUGUUUUAUGCGUCAAAAUUACUAUUUCCUUUUUCUUAUCA